CCAUCUAAAGUCGGACUUUGGUUUUAGUCGAUUUUUUCAUUUUGUAUCGGGCGGAUUUCGACAGUGGCGUAGACUUCGUUUUUGGCAAUUGUUUGUCGUCGUCCGAUGGAAACCGGGAAAGAAUAGUUUUUCGGAUGCGCCUUUCGACCGGUCCAGCCAAUUGGCCUUUUCUCCAGCUUUGUUUUAGAAAAUCAAUGUAGGAUGUAUCACCAGUCAUCUUUAUCACAUCCACCACCACCACCUCCAACACUUCCACCUUUACCAACUAAUAAUAAUUCAGUUUCUAAAGGAAAAGCUAUUACACCAGAUAGAAAUGCUCUAUUAUCUCAAAUUAGAGGUGGAAAAACAUUGAAAAAAACAGUUACAAAUGAUCGAAGUGCUCCUCAAAUAAAGAAUGCCAAAUCAUCUGAAGAAACUAAAACUACAAAUAAUAAGGUUUCAUUACAAAAUGAUCUUUUAGGUCUUGGAUCAGUAUUUGCUCAAGGGAAACCAAAACUUCGACCUUCUUUUAAAUCAGAUAAAUCAAGUGCAGAAAAUACAGAAAUGAAACAAGACAAGAUGUUACAUCCAAUUCCUAAUUUAUCAAAAAAUGCUUCUUCAUUGUCUUCUAAUAAAUUUCAAGCUGGUAAAUUAAAUGUAAAUGGUUCAUAUCAAACAAAUAAAUGUAACACGAUAAAUUAUCCUGUAAAAGUAACAAAACCUACACCACCACCAGCAAGUUUAAAACCAAGUUUUAAUGUAACUUCUACAUCCGAAAUUUCUGAAAUCAACAAAACUACAAGUAAAUCUACAAGCAAUAUUAAACCAUUACCACCACCUAAAGUUUUGGAAAAUCCGUCAUUGAAAUUUGCUACUAUGCAUCAGCAAGUAAGUAAAAUAGACAAAAUACAUCUUGGUGUUGCUUCUCCAAAAUUGCCUGUUCGUAAUCAUAGUUCACCAGAUAAUUUAAAUGAAUUAGUAAAAUCAAGUUUAUCUACAAAUAAUGCUAUAAAUAUAUCAUCUGUGAAAAGAUCAACUUCUGUAGGAUCAAGACAACAGUCUCAAAUUAAAGCUCCAAAUUAUCGACCUCCACCACCUCCACCACCUGCUAAGACUUCUCCAUCUGUAAUUUCUUCUGUGCCACCACCUGCUAAGAUGUCUCCAUGUUUAAUUUCUUCUGUGCCACCACCUAUACCUAAACGUUCAGUUGCAACACUUUCUAAUUUGAAUCCAGCUGUUGUAAAUAAUAAUCCGCCACCUCCACCGCCACUACGUACCACAUCAAAGAAUUAUAUAACAGGACAUGAUUUUGAAACCCGUUUUAAUACCAACUUUCACAAGAUACAAGAAUUUCCUCUUCCUCAAUAUCAACAGACUUUUUGUAAAUUAUAUAUAAGUCAAGUUGAAGCAGCAGAUGCUAAACGUCAAAAACAUAUCAAGUCUGAAAAAGAAAUGAUCAGAAGUGUCGAAUGUUAAAUUGUUUAAUUUGAUUAUGCUACAAAGACAAUUACGAAGCUAGUCAAAUUUCAUAAGACAUUUUCUUGUUGAAAUUUAAUGUUUUACACACUUACAUAUAUAGUGAAUACAAAAAUAUAUAAUUUCAUGUGAUAUCAAGUUAUAAGAAUUUCCAUAUUAAAUUUGUGAAAAUACCAGUUUCUCAAUUAUUCCUAUCCAAUUUGAAUGAUUGGUUUGGAUCUAAGUAUCGAAAGAAUUGUUAUAUAUUCAUGUGCCUAAAUUUUGAAAAUGCUGUUAUGGUUAUAGAAAUAAAAUUUUAUUUUAUUAAAAU